AUGGCGGAUGCUGGAGAAGAUGGGGAGAAAGAAAUGAGAUUUAGAGGUGUGAGAAAGAGGAAAUGGGGAAAAUAUGUAGCCGAGAUUCGAUCUGGAAAGAGAUCGCGCAUAUCGCUGGGAUCAUAUUUUACUCCUCACGCUGCAGCUCGGGCUUAUGACACUGCGCUCUUGUGCCUCCGAGGACCCAACGCAACAUGUUUCAAUUUCCCAGACUCGCAGUUCAACUUGGAGGUGGCAAAUGUAGAGAGAAAUCCGUCACCGCAGGCUAUUCGAACAGCUGCCAUUGCUGUUGGCUCUGCGUGCGACGUCGUUCCAGGAAGAUACUUCCGUGAUAACAACAAUCAAACCUUUGAGAAGGCCGCUCACGAAGAGCAACCAGCCCAAGGAGGAGAAACCAUUAAUGAUCAACGGAAUAGACCGGUUGAGGAGAAAAUGGCAGAAGAACAACAGGUGAUAUAUGAAUCGACUGAUGCAGAAUCUUUUGUACAAUCGGCAGGGCAUACAUUAUCUGACCAGAGCAUUCAGACCACUUUUAAUUUUAUGAUUUAA